GCCGGUGAUUGACAGGCGCGGCGGGGCCUGGAGCCCGCGUGUUCUGCGGGAAGCGGGGGCGAGGUGGAUGCGGGCUCUGCUGCGGGAAGUCUGUCGCUGCCGCCGGCUCCUCUGCAACCCCAAUCCGUCUGUCUCCAGUCGCCGCUGGCUGCGGAACGCUCCAACAGCACCAAUGAAGUACAUUUUGGUAACCGGUGGGGUCAUCUCUGGGAUCGGGAAAGGAAUUAUUGCGAGCAGCAUUGGGACCAUCCUGAAAUCCUGUGGUCUCCGUGUGACAGCAAUCAAGAUCGAUCCGUACAUCAACAUCGAUGCAGGAACGUUCUCGCCUUACGAGCAUGGUGAAGUGUUCGUGUUGGACGAUGGUGGCGAGGUGGAUCUGGACCUGGGGAAUUAUGAACGGUUUCUGGACAUCCGUUUAACACGGGACAACAACAUCACCACCGGCAAGAUCUACCAGUGGGUUAUCAACAAGGAGAGGAAAGGGGACUUCCUGGGCAAGACUGUGCAAGUGGUCCCUCAUAUCACGGACGCCAUCCAGGAGUGGGUGUUGCGGCAGGCUCGCAUUCCGGUGGACAAUGACGGAGUGGAACCUGAAGUGUGCGUUAUCGAGCUGGGUGGAACUGUGGGAGACAUCGAGAGCAUGCCUUUCAUCGAAGCCUUUCGCCAGUUCCAGUUUAAAGUUAAGAGAGAGAACUUCUGCAAUAUUCACGUCAGUUUAGUGCCUCUGGUUCCCGGUAGUGCCUCUCUGAAACAGCCAAGUACCACAGGAGAGCAAAAGACGAAACCGACGCAGAACAGCGUCCGGGAACUCCGAGGGCUUGGCCUGUCCCCGGACUUGAUCGUCUGCCGAUGUACGACGCCCAUGGAGAAGUCUGUUAAAGAAAAAAUCUCGAUGUUCUGCCAUGUAGAACCCGAACAGGUUAUUUGCGUGUAUGAUGUUUGUUCUCUCUAUCGAGUUCCCUUGCUACUUGAAGCCGAGGGGGUUGUGCAGUACUUUAAGGAAAGGCUUGACCUCCAGUACGAAACUAAACCUAGAAGACUACUGAACAAAUGGAAGGAUAUGGCAGACAGAUAUGACCGCACGUUAGAAAUUUGUUCCAUUGCAUUGGUUGGCAAAUAUACCAAACUCUCGGACUCCUAUGCUUCUGUGAUCAAGGCCUUGGAGCACUCCGCAUUAGCGAUUAACCAGAAGUUGGAAGUGAAGUAUAUAGAUUCAGCUGACUUGGAGCCAGCAAGACAGGAGGAAGAUCCAGUCAAAUACCACGAGGCCUGGCAGAAUCUAUGCAGUGCCAAUGGAGUUCUCGUGCCCGGAGGUUUCGGUGUCCGAGGGACGGAGGGGAAGAUUCUCGCUAUUGCUUGGGCCAGAAAGCAGAAGAAGCCAUUUCUGGGUGUGUGCCUUGGAAUGCAGUUGGCUGUUGUGGAGUUUGCGCGAAAUGAACUUAACUGGUCAGAUGCCAAUUCUACUGAAUUUGAUCCAAACACCAGCUACCCUGUGGUGAUUGACAUGCCAGAGCACAAUCCUGGGGAUAUGGGAGGAACCAUGAGGCUCGGCAAGAGAACCACAAUGUUCAAAGACAAAAAUUCAAUACUCAGGAAGUUGUACAAGGAUUUGGACUCCAUUGAGGAAAGACACAGGCAUCGAUACGAGGUCAAUCCAGAAAUGAAGAAAAGCUUUGAGGAAAGGGGAUUUCGAUUCGUUGGGGAGGAUGUGGAAGGGGAACGAAUGGAAGUUAUUGAGCUUGAGGAUCAUCCCUAUUUUGUCGGCGUGCAGUAUCACCCGGAGUUCACCUCGAGGCCCAUGAAACCGUCUCCCCCGUACUUCGGCCUAGCCCUGGCCGCUGCGGGCAAGUUGCAGAGUUAUUUGGAAAAGGGCUGUAGACUGUCACCCAGGGAUACGUACAGUGACUACAGUGGCAGCAGCUCCCCGGAUUCUGAAAUUGUAGAUCUAAAGCUGCCGUCUAAUCUGACGCCUGCGUAACUUUGGGUAUCGAUUACUUCAACAGAAUCAGGAUGCGUGUGUCUGAACUGCAGUGUCCAUUUAAAUAUCACAGUAUUAUCUAUCCAUAAUCAUCAUGUUGCUGAGGUGGGAGGGGUUUAAUGAUUUGAGUUGUUUUUUUUUGCUAAUAAUGAAUGGUACGUGUUUUUUUAAAUGAAAGAAUUUGAAAUCUUUUUCACGCCUUUUAGAUUUCAAAUUCAAUGUUUUCUACCACUGUACAAAGCAAACAUGGUGAAUGGAGAUAGGAAUUGGAACGUCACUAUCUGUCAUUGCUUGAUCACUUGAAGUUGUUCAGAACUCCUAAGUUCCAUUUUAUAGUUGUAUGUUUUAUCCAACACUACCUCUGGGAGGGGACAAAUACGAACUUUGCAGCAUUUGGCUUUAUAUUUUACUUACUGAACGAUCUGUUGGUGUUCAUUACCCGUGAAACUGCGGUACUGUGGAAUUAUUCUGUCUUAAGUUGUGCUGUUACAUCCAGUCGGAGAAUGCAUAAUUGAGCUUUAAGCUGAUGAACUAUUUAAUUUUUUUUUAUACUUUACAAACUUUAGGGGGUAUUUUGUCUACAAGAUGCAAUUAAAGUGCUGUUGCACAGUGGAAGUACGAGAGUG